GUCUUGUGGAUUGAAAAUGCAGUUAGCCUUUGAUUAAGGGCAUCGCUUAGAAGGCAAGGAAAAAAUCCAAAAAAAAAAAAAGAAAAGAAGCCAAUUAGCAGCAAGCACAGCCAUCUCUCCCUCUGUUUCUCUCUCUCUGUCUGUCUUUCUACCUCUGACCAGGGGAGUGAUGAUGAUGAUGGUCUUCUUCUACCCUCAUUGGCUUCUCGCACUCUCUUCCUCCGUCUCCUUUACUAGAUCUAAGCUCUAUUAAUCUCUCUCUCUAUCUAAGAUCUCUCUGUAACUGAACUACAGGACUCGCCUUCCUCUCCAUGCACUCCUCUACCUUUGUCCUCCUCUCGAUAUUUCUCUUUUUCUUUUCUAAAUUAAGUUAAUUUUGGGUAAAGAGGGUCAGUUGGUUCGUUAAUGGCGUCAAAACAAGGAUCAAAAUCGAAGAGGUUAGGUUCAGUCAGUUCAAAAGCUAUAAAUUCUAAUUCUUCUUCAACGACAUCAUCUUCAAAACAAUUUAUAGAAACAUCCAUAGAUGGUCAGAGCUCCCCUGCAUCAUCCUCUGCUCGCAGCAAGCCACAGUAUUUUUACUCAGAAAGUGUGACUUUAAAUGGGGCGAGAUCCAAAGAAAACGUCACUGUCACCGUUCGCUUUCGCCCAUUAAGUCCUAGGGAAAUUCGUCAAGGAGAAGAGAUUGCUUGGUAUGCUGAUGGAGAAACUAUUGUCAGAAAUGAACAUAAUCCGUCCAUCGCAUAUGCAUAUGAUCGGGUGUUUGGCCCUACAACUACAACGCGCCAUGUCUAUGAUGUUGCUGCUCAGCAUAUCGUCAGUGGUGCUAUGGAAGGCAUUAAUGGAACCAUUUUUGCAUAUGGUGUAACAAGCAGUGGGAAGACUCACACAAUGCAUGGUGAUCAGAGGUCCCCUGGAAUUAUACCAUUGGCUGUGAAGGAUGCUUUUAGUAUUAUUCAAGAGACACCAAACCGAGAGUUUCUUCUUCGUGUUUCCUACCUUGAGAUCUAUAAUGAGGUUGUUAAUGACUUAUUAAAUCCAGCAGGACAAAAUUUAAGAAUUAGAGAAGACACUCAGGGAACAUUUGUUGAAGGAAUAAAGGAAGAAGUUGUAUUAUCCCCUGCUCAUGCCCUUUCCCUUAUAGCAGCUGGAGAAGAGCAUAGACAUGUUGGAUCUACAAAUUUUAAUUUACUCAGCAGCCGGAGCCAUACAAUAUUUACACUGACAAUAGAGAGUAGCCCAUGUGGUGAAAAUAGUGAAGGGGAAGCUGUAAAUUUGUCUCAACUGAACCUCAUCGAUCUGGCAGGUUCAGAAAGUUCAAAGGCUGAAACUACUGGUAUGAGACGGAAAGAAGGAUCCUACAUUAAUAAGAGCCUGCUAACACUUGGAACUGUUAUAUCAAAGUUGACAGAUGGGAGGGCCUCUCAUAUUCCAUAUAGGGACUCUAAACUGACCAGGCUUCUGCAGUCUUCAUUAAGUGGUCAUGGCCGUGUAUCACUUAUUUGCACUGUUACUCCUUCAUCAAGCAGUUCUGAAGAGACACAUAAUACUUUGAAAUUUGCCCAUCGUGCUAAACACAUUGAAAUUCAAGCAGCACAGAAUAAGAUUAUUGAUGAGAAAUCACUUAUCAAGAAGUAUCAAAAUGAGAUACGCUCUUUGAAGGAAGAAUUAGAACAAUUGAAGAAAGGUAUUGUGACAGUUCCUCAAUUGAAAGAUAUGGUAGAAGAUGAUAUUGUCCUCCUAAAACAAAAGCUAGAAGAUGGUCAAGUCAAGUUGCAAUCUAGAUUGGAACAAGAAGAAGAAGCCAAAGCAGCUUUAUUGAGCAGAAUACAACGCUUGACAAAGUUAAUUUUGGUCUCCUCUAAUGCUUCACAAUCAUCAAGGUAUCCUCACCGUCAUGGUCCUAGGAGGAGACAUUCCUUUGGAGAAGAAGAGCUUGCAUACCUACCACACAAAAGACGAGACUUGAUGUUCGAUGAUGAAAACAUUGAAUUGUACGUUUCUCUUGAAGGGAACAGUGAAACUACAGAUGAUACAGUUAAAGAGGAGAAGAAAUCCCGGAAGCAUGGAUUGCUAAACUGGUUGAAGCUACGGAAACGAGAUAAUGCGUUGGGGACAAGUAGUGAUAAAUCAAGUGGAGUAAAAUCUAAUAGUACACCUUCAACGCCUCAAGCAGAAAACAACCCUUUUCAUAAUGAAUCCAGAUUUUCAAAUCCUUUACUCAUGGAAAGCUCUCCAUCAGCUGAUCGUCUAUCUGAGGUUAGACUAGAUCGAGAAGUUCCUGAGGACAAUUUCCUUGGUCAAGAAACUCCUUCGACUAGCAUAAAAACAAGCGAUCAGAUCGAUCUUCUAAGGGAGCAACAGAAAAUUUUGUCUGGAGAAGUGGCACUCCAUUCAAGUGCUUUGAAGCGGUUAUCGGAGGAGGCUUCAAGGAAUCCCCAAAAGGAACAGAUUCAUGUGGAGAUGAAGAGGUUGAAUAAUGAAAUCAAGGUCAAGAAAGAACAAAUUUCUUUGCUGGAAAACCAAAUUGCCAAUUCCAUCAUGGCAUCACACAAUAAGAUAGAUAAUUUGGAAGUAUCACAAACAAUUGCUGAACUGACAGCACAAUUGAAUGAGAAGUCAUUUGAACUUGAGGUUAAAGCUGCAGAUAAUCGGAUAAUUCAGGAGCAGCUCAACCAAAAGAUUUGUGAAUGUGAAGGAUUGCAGGAGACAAUUGUCUCUUUGAAGCAGCAGCUCUCUGAUGCGCUAGAGUUGAGAAAUCUUAGUCCUCUACCCGGUUACUCACAGCGAUUUUCUGAACUAAAAAGCUUUCAUGCGCAUCAUCAGGUUGACAAGGAAAUUGCAGUGACAAAAGAUAGAAACAAAGAUUUGCUUCGACAAGCUCAGGCCACUGAGAUUGAAGAACUGAAGCAAAAGGUUGCUAUGCUGACAGAGUCAAAAGAACAACUAGAAACCCGGAACCAAAAAUUGGCAGAUGAGAGUUCAUAUGCGAAAGGGCUAGCCUCAGCUGCUGCUGUUGAGCUCAAGGCAUUGUCAGAAGAAGUUGCCAAGCUCAUGAAUCAAAAUGAGAGACUAGCUGCUGAUCUGGCAGCACAAAAGAACUCGCCCACACAGCGUAGAACAAGUAGCACAGUCCGGAAUGGCAGAAGAGAUAAUAACAUGAAACGCCAAGACCAAGUUGGGCCAGCAGCAUCAGAACUGAAAAAAGAAUUGGCCAUGAGUCGAGAAAGAGAAGUACAAUAUGAAGCUGCUCUGUUAGAGAAAGAUCAACGAGAGGCUGAACUUCAAAGGAAGGUGGAGGAAUCCAAGCAAAGAGAAGCUUAUCUUGAAAAUGAACUUGCCAACAUGUGGGUUCUUGUGGCAAAGUUGAAAAAGUCUCAUGGAGCUGAUACGGAUAACACGGAGUUGAACUCCGAGCUUUGAUGGUUUUGGCGUUUGAAAUCAUUCAGAAAUUAUGGCAGUGUCUAAGGGCUUCUAAUACAAGGUAUGAUACCUAUUGUGCAGGAAACUGAGUUGUUUCAUUACGUUGCGUAUUUCAAAUGACUUGGUUUCUUCUCAAAUUUCUUUUAGCAAAUGAGCCUAUCGGCUUAUUUUCCCUGUCUUUUGUUUCUUCAAUUUGUUGGCUGUCAAUAUUUGUAUGAACUAAUCACCCACCAUUGUUUCAUGUGGGUCACUUUGUGAAUGCCUGUUCAAUUAAUGAUACGUAUAUAAAAUUGACAAUGCAAAGAA